AGGGGACAUGUACACUGAUCAUCCCCAGAAGUGCCACCUGUCAGUGCUCCAGUCAGUGCCCAGUGCCCCAGUGCCACGUGCCCAUCAGUGCCACCUAUCAAUGCCAAUCAGUGCCACAUAUCAGUGCUACCAAUCAGUGCUGCCUAACAGUGCCAGUCAGUGCUGCCCACCAGUGUCAUGUAUCCAUGUCAUGUAUCCGUGUCAUGUAUCAGUGCUGCCUGUCAAUGCCCAUCAGUGCAACCUACCAGUGCCUCCUCAUCAGUGCCACCUAUCAGUGUCCAUCAGUGCAGCCUAUCAGUGCCCAUCACUGCAGCCUCAUUAGCGCACACCAGGGAAGGAGAAAAAUCACUUAUUUACAAAAUAGUAUAA